AUGUGCUGUCACUGUCAAAUUGCAUUGAAUCACUGAUGAGUUUGUUAUUAUUUUUGUAUUAUUUUUUAGAUUCCUGUUAUCAUAAAUUGCUUACGAAAUAAGAGAUGUAUUUUUUAUCAAAUAAAAAAUGUACAGGAAUUUAUUCUUCAAUAAUUUAAAAAUAAAAUUAUAGUCUAUUGACAUCUUUGGCAUAAUAUAAACACUUCCUUUGCCUGACAGUUACCAAUCAAAAUCAAAUUGACUGAAAAAGUUAGGUUAUUAGAAAAAAGUGUGAGGUGCAGUGUUUUAUAUCGUGGAACUAUUAUUUUAUUUCAUUAAAAAUGAGUUCUGGAUUUAUAUCCGAAAGUGAAAUAUUAGAAGCGAGAAGAAGAAGGCAAGAGGAAUGGGAAAAAGUUCGUACAGCUGACCAGCCAGAAGAGGCACCAGAAGAGCCUUAUGACACGCGGCCGCUAUACCAGCGCUUGGAAGAGCAACGGCUGAAGAAGGAGGCCGAAUACGAAGAGGCACACAAGCUCAAGAACAUGAUUCGUGGUCUAGAUGACGAUGAGGUCGGGUUCCUUGACCUGGUGGAACGCUCAAAGGCUAAAGCAGCUCAACAGAUCUCUAUUGAGGAACAGAGGGAAAUGCAGGAGUUCAGGGAGCGGGUCUCCAACUUAGCGGAGAGCGAGGAGUUGACACGACUGCGCGCCCAACUUGCGCCGUCGCGCAAUACACAGGCAUCGACCCAAGCACAGAACACACAGAAAAAUAAACUGCAAGGGGUGGUGGUGAGGAAACGCAAGGCGAGUGAGAUUGAUGGCGAGAAGCAGAACAAAGAUUCGCCGCCGCCGAAGACUAACGGAAUUGUUACUAAUAGCAACGAUACGCAAAACGGCAAUGCAACGACCACCGAGGACUGCGUACUACGCUGUGUGGGCGUACUGCCGGGGCUCGGACACUACGACACUGAUUCCACAUCCGACACCGAUGACUCUAGCGAUCAUGAUUCUAACGACAAAUGCUGUGCCAAGCGCGAUAUGUUGGGGCGCCGACACGAGGACAAGUCGAGGAAAGAUGACAAGAGCUAGACUUUGCACCGCAUGAACUCCCCUAUGUUAUGUGAUCUAAUAUAAGUUAUCA